CAAAUACUGGGCAGAAUGGGUGGAAUUAUGGGGGGAAGCUUCAGCUGCUUUCCUCAGGUCAACAGCCUAAGAGCAAUGGAUUUCAGUAAAGCAAUGUCUCGAGCUGGCACUUCUCAGUUUCAAGAAGUCAUCCGACAAGAGUUGGAGUAUUCAAUGAAAGUAGAACUUGACAAAAUACUUGCAACUGCACCUUCAAAUGAGCUAGAGCACACUAAAAAAGACUUGGAUGGAUUUAAGAAGCUAUUCCACAGAUUCUUGCAAGAAAAAGGACCGUCAGUAGACUGGGGGAAGAUUCAGAGACCUCCAGAAGAUUCAAUUCAGCCCUAUGAGAAGAUAAAGGCCCGAGGGCUGCCUGACAGCGUUGCAUCUGUCUUGAACAAACUGGUUGUUGUGAAACUCAAUGGAGGCUUGGGCACCAGCAUGGGCUGUAAAGGCCCCAAGAGUCUUAUUGGGGUGCGGAAUGAGAACACCUUCUUGGACCUGACAGUUCAGCAGAUUGAGCAUCUAAACAAAACCUACAACACAGAUGUUCCUCUUGUUCUAAUGAACUCCUUCAACACUGAUGAAGACACAAAGAAAAUCUUGCAGAAAUACAGCCAUAGCCGGGUGAAAAUCUAUACUUUCAAUCAAAGCAGGUAUCCAAGAAUUAAUAAGGAGACUCUGCUGCCAAUAGCCAAGGAUGUAUCUUAUUCAGGAGAGAGUACAGAGGCAUGGUAUCCCCCAGGGCAUGGUGACAUCUAUGCCAGUUUCUAUAAUUCUGGCCUGCUGGAUACUCUGAUUGGAGAGGGGAAGGAGUACAUAUUUGUGUCUAAUAUCGAUAACUUGGGUGCAACUGUGGAUCUUUAUAUUCUUAACCAUCUGAUGAACCCCCCCAAUGGAAAACAGUGUGAAUUUGUCAUGGAGGUCACCAAUAAAACAAGAGCAGAUGUAAAGGGUGGCACGCUCACACAGUAUGAAAAUAAACUGAGACUGGUAGAAAUAGCUCAGGUCCCAAAACCACACGUUGAUGAAUUCAAAUCUGUGUCAAAAUUCAAAAUAUUCAAUACAAACAACUUGUGGAUUUCUCUGUCUGCAGUUAAACGAUUGCAAGAGCAGAAUGCUAUUGAUAUGGAGAUCAUUGUGAACCCAAAGACUUUGGAUGGAGGCUUAAAUAUUAUUCAAUUGGAAACUGCAGUUGGUGCUGCUGUUAAAAGUUUUGAAAAUUCUCUGGGCAUAAAUGUACCUCGCAGCCGUUUUCUGCCAGUCAAGACAACAUCAGAUCUCUUGCUUGUGAUGUCCAACCUGUAUAGUCUUAAUGCUGGAUCCCUAACAAUGAGUGAGAAACGUGAAUUUCCAACUGUGCCUCUGGUCAAACUGGGAAGCUCUUUCACCAAGGUCCAAGAUUACCUGAGGAGGUUUGAAAGUAUACCAGACAUGCUUGAACUGGAUCAUCUCACAGUUUCAGGGGAUGUUACAUUUGGGAAGAAUGUUUCAUUAAAGGGAACAGUUAUCAUCAUUGCAAAUCAUGGAGACCGGAUCGACAUCCCGCCUGGCGCAGUACUAGAGAACAAAAUUGUCUCCGGCAACCUCCGCAUCUUGGACCACUAAGUCAGUGACGUGGCAUCUUCAGCUCUCUAGAUUGUGCUGAAACUGCCCCACAAUGGAAGAACCUGCAAGCAUUAGAAAUAAAUGCAGAGGGCCUAUGCUUUGUCAUCUCACUGUACCCUGCAGUAUUAAUUUCAAGUAGUUUUCCAUGCUUAUCCUUUUUUAAGCAAACACCAUAGUGCAAAGGAUGUGCAGAAGUAAUGCUUCAGUCUUUAAAGGUUUUAUUAAUUGCAUCUUUAAAGUGCAAUAUACUGUUUGUCUCAAGACAAGAUGAACAGAUCUGAGAUGUUUGAGGCUUGCCUCUGAAUAGUUUUUGAAUUGCUUGUAAUUGCAAAAACAAAGCUGUGAAGCAAUAUCCUUGGAAUAGGGUUAGCUACUUCAGGUAACACUUUUAUGAACUGUAAGUGGCAGACAUUGAUUUAAAAACCAAAUGUUUCACUACUGCUACUACAGGAAGUAAGCUAUUAAGAACCUGUAUUUCAAGUGCUCACAAGUAUUAUAUAGUCCUAGUCACUUUCUUCACCGCCACAUAACUUUAAUAGUUCACAUUUACAGAUGCCAUGCUAUCACAUCAGAAAUAUACCCCCAAUCAGAUUGGGGUAAGUUUGUCAAUACCUCCUUUAUGUCUUGCAAGACAGCUGGAUUUGUUGCCGAUUCAAACUUGCUCAAAGAAUUGAAUAUAGGAGAAUACCUCUGUGUAUGAAUGUUCUAGUUAAGAGUGGAUCUCCUUUUUAAUGUCUUCAAUUUGAUCUCCCUUCUCUGAAGCAACAUAAAGAAUAUCAUAUUGACUGUGCUCAUGUUCAUACUAAUCAUGUGUUGACCCAAAUGAAAAUAACUUAUUUCUAAAUUUAUGUACGUUUUAAAAUAAGACUCAUCCUGGUGAUCAUUCUUUCAAACUUCUUUAUGCUUCUAUUGUAUUUACACGUAGGCAACUUAUUUUGUAAGCUUAGUAAAACACUGGCCUGUAUCAUUAAAGAAGUUGGUCUUUAAAAACAA